UUUUUUUUUAAAAAAUGCGCCUGAGUAUAAAGGGAAAAUUUAAAAAAAAAAUCUUUUCAAGAACCAUCCGGCCAGAAAAGUUCUUUACUUGGCAGCUUCCUGACAAAGUGCAGAUUCAAGUUUAUUAAAAUAAUGACCCCCGGGGGUAGGGUGGGGCCACAAUAGGGAGUCAUAGUUUUUCAUGCGAAUAUGCAGGGAGAAAUUUUCUCAAGAACCACCAGACCAGAAAUGCUGGAAUUUACAUGUAAGCUUUCUGACAUAGUGUAGAUUCAAGUUUGUUAAAAUCAUGACCGCGGGGGGUAGUGUGGGGACACAAUUUAGGGGAUCAAAAUUUUACUUGUAAAUAUAGAGAAAAAAAUUUAAAAGUUUUCUUGUCAAGAACCACUGUGCCAGAAAAGUUCAAAUUUACACGAAAGCUUCCUAACAUAGAGUAGAUCCAAGUUUGUGCAAAUCAUGAUCCUGGGCGGUAGGAUGGGACAACAGAAGGGGAUCAAAGUGUUACAUAUUGAUAUAUAGGAGAAAAUCUCUCGGACUAUCUAAGCUAGGGCUUUCAUAUUUUGUGUAUCCAUUCUUUUUGGAAAGUUGACCUUUCAUGUGAUGCAAUGAUUUGCGAUCUUGUGACCUUGAUCUGGAAGUUUGACCUACUUGUAAUUUAAAAAUCUGACUUAUUCAAUAUGUCCUGAACUAUCUAUUAAGGUAGGUCUUUCAUAUCUUGUAUACAAAUGUAUGUAUAUUUUAUGGCAAGACCUUUCAUUUAAUAUCAUGAUCUUUGACCUUGUGACCUUGGACUAGGAGCUUUAAGAAAACAUAACCUAUCAAAUAUAUCUGGAACUAUCGUAGGUGGGGCUUUCAUAUUUUAUAUACAGAUUCUUUAUAGUAAGAUCUUGUACACAAUGGUGUUUGAUCUUUUGACCCAUAUGCACUCUUUAAAAAACCUGACGUCGUCAAUAUCUCCGGGAGUAUUUAAGGUAGGGCUUUCAUAUUUUGUAUAUAGAUUCUUUAAAUACAAGACCGUAUUAUUUCGUGAAGUUUGACCUUCGAAUUGGACUUACUUUUUAAAGCUCUGAACUAUUCAAUAUCUCCUAAACUAUUUAAGGUAGAUAUUUCAUAUUUUGUAUAUAGGUUUCUUGUGGCAAUGUCAUCUUUUAUUUCAUACUGACCUUAGACCACGUGAGCUUGAAAUUUGACCUACUUUUAAGAAAAUCUAACGGAAUGCCGUUGUCUAUAUAGGGUUUUAUUUGGAGACGUUGAGUUUACCAACAAUAAUGAGUGUAACUCAGAUUUCGCAUCGAUUGAUUACUUUAGGCCUAAAAGCAAGUGUUUUGUGUGAAAUAAUGAGGUAGUGUUUAUUUCAAACAAGAUAACAAAAGAUCCAAGGUUUUCAGAAUCAUAAAUGGAUUGAUUGAUUGAAUAUUGUUUAACGUCUCUCUCGAGAAUAUUUCACUCAUAUGGAGACGUCACCACUGCCGGUGAAGGGCUGCAAAAUUUAGGCCUAUAUGCUCGGCGCUUACAGCCUUUGAGCAGGGGGGAUUUUUAUCGUGCCACACCUGCUGUGAGGCGGGACCUCGGUUUUUGCGGUCUCAUCCGAAGGACCGCCCCAUUUAGUCGCCUAUUACGACAAGCAAGGAGUACUGGGUACCUAUUCUAACCCGGAUCCCCACGGGAUAUGAAAUAUAAAGCCCUUUCUCUGGAUAAGGUAUAACCAAGAUAAUUUUGGAAGACAAAGAUAAUGAACAUGAAAUAACAAUCCCAUUUUCUAGAUAAGAUAACCCAGCGAAUUCCGGAAGAAUGAGUCUCUCAAUAGUCCUACUAUUUUUUCUGAACGCAUGCAUAUGUGUCAAAGCCUGUGAGGUGGGAUGGGUGCAGUUUAAGACAAAUUGUUACAUGUUUAGCCAGACUACAUCGACCUGGGGAGAAGCGGAGAGUAUCUGUAAUGCCUUUCAUUCAAAACUUGCCGAGCCAAUGACAAAUGAAGAAGCGGAAUUCUUAAUCAGCCAUAGCCAAAACCAAGCUGGAGAGUUUUGGUUGGGGAUAUCAGAUAUCAUUGAGGAAGAUAGAUGGAUAUACUCGUCAAACCAGCAACCAAUCCUAGUGAAUAAAUUUCAUCCCAGUCAACCGAACGGGUACACGGGUUCAGGUUGUGUAGCAGUAUGGAAAUCGUUUCAUGGACUUUGGGCAGACGAACCAUGUAGCAGACAUUAUGGGUUUAUAUGCCAAAAACCACCAGAAUCGCCUGGAAAUAUCAUUGGAUGAAUCAAGAAUAUUGUAUGGCAUGAUUAGUGUUGCCUUCCUCCAUUAAAGGCCCUAAAAGGUUGA